UGAGGAAUGGUCUGAAUAAUAAAUGGGCCUAGAUAUUGACAAUUUGGGCCCAAAUGAUAUUAUUUUCAAAGCGUGCUAAAACAACAUUAUCUGCGGAGGAAGGAAGGAAGUAGGUUGGCUGGGGAAGAAUGGGGAGUUGCGGCCGGAGCAGUCUGAGCUUCUUUAUAGCUUCAAGGCCGUUUCAUCUCCGGCACCAGUCAAGUGACCGUCUCUUGCCUUCUCUUGGCUUAACUCAUCUCAACCUCAAGCGCAAGCUGUCUCUCUCCAUCACUUCAUUUUCCUCCAAGAUUCUGUCUCCUCCUCCUCUCUCGGACAAGGACAAGAGAAGUAAUGCCCUGCCGCGUGGGGCAGGAGAAGGAGUUAAAGAAGAUGCGAGGAGUAAGCUUCUUCAAGUAGUAUUGGUCUCUCCCCAGAUUCCUGGAAACACAGGUUGCAUUGCAAGAACAUGUGCAGCUUCAGCUGUUGGUCUGCAUUUAGUUGGGCCAUUAGGUUUUCAAGUGGAUGACGCCAAAGUAAAGCGAGCUGGUUUGGACUAUUGGCCCUUUGUGGUUGUCAAAGCGCACAGCUCAUGGGCUGAGUUUCAAGAAUAUUUCAGGCAACAGGAGGGAGAGAAACGGAUGAUAGCUUUCACCAAAAGAGGAACAAAGAUACAUUCAGAAUUUUCUUACAGAAGAGGAGAUUACCUCUUGUUUGGUUCAGAGACAAGUGGUCUACCUCCUGAAGCGCUAUCAGACUGCAAAAGCGAGUUACAAAUAGAAACUAAAUAGGGUAUUGUUCCCACCAUUUAAAUAUCCACAUGUCUGCUUAUCAUUAUAUGCAUAUAUAUACAUAGUAAUGGGGUUGAUUAGUAUACUCAGAAAGAUAAAAUUAAAGAAACACUCAAACCUGGAUGAAAAGAAACUUGAGUAGAAGCAAUGUGCCUGCUUGUUGCAGACACCCAGCUCACUAUUUGUACCAUCGCCAUUAUAGCCACAUACCACUUUCUUAUUUCUCCCAUUCUCAUGAUGAAGAUGACUUAUGAUGGUGAUGAUGGCUUUAUAAAGGCCUGAAGAGGUAAAGAGGAAGAAGAAGGAUACGGAGAUUUAAAGAAGCUUUGUGGGUUUUAGAGGGGUUUAGAGCACCAUUAACGGGGGCUUUUAAGAGGGUUUCUAAAAAUAUUGAAGCAUUUAAUUAAAUCAAAACUCAAAAAAAUUGUUGUUAUCGAUCCUUAAUAUAGGAUUUCUGUAACCGAUUACAAAGGGGGUUUUCAACCCACGUGUCAGCAAACUAAAUAAUGAGGCAUUUUUUUUUCUUCUUUCUCGUCUUCUCUUUCUGCAAACGACAAUGGCUUCUCGAUCUCUCUCCUUCUUCAAGUUUCAGAGGUUCUCUGUGGAGAUCAAUGGCCACUUUUACUCGAAAUUGAGUUUCUUUCUAUUUUUUUUUCAUUUCAUUGAUUUGAAAUUGGUUAAAGAGAUAUGGAUCAUGACUUUUCUCUGUUUUUCUUUUUGUAAUAGUUGUGUUAUUUGUUGCAGUAAACCACAAUUGGGCAUGUAGAUCACGGGAAGACUGCUUUGACUGCUGCAAUCACAAAGGUUCUUGCUGAAGAGAGAAAAGCUAAAGCUAUUGCCUUUGAUGAAAUUGAUAAAGCUCCCGAAGAGAAGAAGAGAGGAAAUACUAUUGCUACAUGGGAGCAUUGAGAGAUUCAUCACAGAGUGGAGCAUUGGGAGCAUCUCGUGGUAGUGGUCUGCAUUAUGUUGGGCAUACCACUCCCGCUUUGUUCUAUCUUGCUUUGGGAGGGUCCUUGUUAUCUUAUAUAUACUCUGCUCCACCUCUUAAGUUGGGAAUAGCGAUUGUUUAUAACUUCAAAAGUGUUGAAGGAGACAGAGCAAUGGGCCUUCAGUCUCUCCUAGUAGCUUUUGGCACUGAGGCUGCAAAAUGGAUAUGCGUUAGUGCUAUAGACGUUACUCAGAUCUCUGUUGCCGGUAUGUAGUAUGACUUCUAUUUCUUGUGCUUGAUCUUAUGAACUAGAGGAUCAUUAGUGAAUGUCUAUUCUGGUUGUAGUGUAUCUUGUAGUGAAAGUAUUGUUUUUAAAACUCUUCUCCAAACAAGUGUAAAACAAAUUCUCUCCUUCUCUAUAUAAAAUCAUCUACAUUCCUUCUUUA